GCAGCUGUCCGCAUGUCUUUUCAUGCUCAAGCGAAACAUUCAGCAGGAACGCACUUCACUUCACUGUCAACUCAACUCCUCUAGCAAGCAGUUAAGAUGGUAAAGCGCGUGGCGGUGAUUCUGUCCGGCUGUGGCGUGUAUGACGGCACAGAGGUUCACGAGGCGUCCGCUGUGAUGGUGCACCUCAGUCGAGCAGGUGCCAAGGUCCAGAUGUUUGCGCCUGAUGUUGAGAUGAUGCAUGUAGUUAACCACUGUGAAGGAAAGCCCGGGACGGACAAGAGGAACGUGCUGCAGGAGAGCGCGCGCAUCGCCCGGGGUGACGUCACUGACCUGGUCAAGUUGGAUGUCGGCUCCUUUGAUGCUCUCAUUAUUCCAGGUGGUUUUGGAGUGGCUAAAAACCUGAGUGACUGGGCCACCAAAGGCAAGGAUUACUCAAUCAAACCUGAGGUUGAUAAGAUCAUUAAAGCUUUCCAUAAGGCGAAGAAACCCAUGGGCAUGUGUUGCAUCUCUCCUGUACUGGCAGCCAAAGCUAUUCCAGGAUGUGAGCUGACCGUCGGCCAUGACACAGAGUGUGAGAAGUGGCCGUACGCUCAGGUGGCUAAAGCCAUGGCUGAACUGGGCUGCAAACACUUGAAUAAGAAUGUCGGCGAGGUGCAUAUCGAUUCCAAGAACAAACUGGUGACUACGAGUGCGUUCAUGUGCAACGCUCCUAUCCAUGAGGUCUUUGAUGGUCUGGGUGUCAUGGUCAAAGAAGUUCUCAAACUAGCCUAACUUUGCCAUUUCACUUUCUCAAAGUUAUUACAUCAAUAAAUAUGUAUAUUUAUUUAUAAAAGAAUAAAGAUGUUAUCCACUAACCCCAGAAAAAGUUGAAUACCGGUCAUGAGUUUAAACCUGGUGAGACCAGUUCAUUUUCAGUAAAACUGGACACACUUUUUUGUGGUAACCUAUUAUCAAUAAAAUUUUACUGAUUUCAAA